AUGGAUUCGGCUUCUUCAUCUUCAUCAAAUUUCAUCAAAUCUUCACAAGGUGGAAGACCUCCGAAAGAAGUGUGGAAUUAUAUUAUAAAAGGUCAGGCUAAAGAUCAUGGCCAUUAUAGUGCUAAAUGCGAAUGUGGUAAAUCUUGGACACGUGGAAAGCCAAAAGAAUUAGAAAAUCAUUUAGCAACUGAAUGUCCAAAGGUUGAUAUUGAAACCAAACAAAAAUUUCUUCGAAUUGUAGCUUUAAGAAAUCAUACAAAAGAUAAUGAAAUAGAUUAUCCAGCAUCUAAAAAGACCC